GGCUUUCAUUAGAUGUACGCAUGAAGAGGUUUAGGCGUUGAAAGCUGUAACACGAUGUCUACUAUUCCCCCGAAAGGGAAAGUUAUCACUUUUGAUGUAUUUGUUGGAAAUCUCCCACCAGAUGCUGAUCAGGUCAUUAUUUUUUCAAUGAUGCGAAUUUCUAGAUAAAUCUAUAUUGUGCCAAAUAAGUAACUUCUUAGUAACAGAGUCAGAGUAAGACUAGCACCAAAUCUAGUGAAUUUAGUGAAGCAGCUAUUAUUAAACUAUUACUAUUACAAAAGUAAAAGUAGUUGUGAGUCAGCUAACAAGACUAACAAUUUUUGUGAAGAAGAGCAUAGGAGCAUAAUUUUAUUAAAAAAUAGGCUGAACUCUUAAUAAGUCCUCAAACAUCAGGAUUGCACUUAAUAUAAAAAAAAUAAAAUAAAAGCUUAUAUUUGCUGUACAAAAAAAAUGAUAAUUUAAAAGCCAUGACUCAUUUGACUCAUGUUCAAAAUAGAGUGGGACUGACUGACACUAGAUUUUAGGGACUGUCCAUGAAUGUCACAGACGUUGCGCAAAUUCUGCAGAUUUUGACCCACCCCCCAAUCGGGUUGAUUUCGGGUUAUCGGUAAGCCCAGCCAUGUGGACUUUUGUGGUCCACAUCCACAGUUUAUAAUAUAUAGGUCAAGGAGGUUCCCCGAGGUCAGCGCCGUACUAAAUAAGAUUUCGAUGUUUGUACAAUCUAUUCACAUAACCCACGGCAAAACCCAUACUGUUAACCCAAAAUUUACCCCCAAUCGUCACAAAAAGUUAGGACUCCCCCUUUAAAUGUAACUCACAAUCACUAACCUCUGCACCCACUCCCUAUAAAAAAAUCUCUCUGUCCAUUACUGUCCUUGACAAUGACAAAGCCUUAACAAAUUCACUUCCCCAUGUCCCAAAAAAUUUGAAUAUAAGUAUUGAAUUACUGCAUCUGUGUCAACAUGUGUUUAAAACAAGGUUUUUAACCAGUAGUCAGUAGUGAAAGUACUGAAAGACCCAGAAAAUUUGCUGCCAUUGCUGUUGUUGCUGCUUUUGAAAAAAAAUCAGAUUUUAUGCAUUUUGAUUUUUAACAGUACAUUUUUUUCUGGUGAAUUUUUGUUUGCUCAUAACUUGUAAUGUUUGAAGGAAAUGUUUUGAAAUUGAGAGAUUACAGUGCUGCAAAAAUGUUUAAGAAUCCUUACCCAAGAACAUUUUCUAAGAUCACCCUCCCCCCAAACAUUUUUCAUUCUAUCCCCCUUCACCUAGUAGCCUUAAUUAUGAGACUCCCAUCUCCACAAUGCGACAAAUUCUCACAACUGUCAAUGUCACUACACCCUGAUUCUUCUCUUCAGUGGCAGCCUAUAACUUGAUAAAUGGCCAUUUUUCGGACCUUGCAUACCUGGACUGAUUCUCUCAGUUAAUUAUAGUUAAGAAAUAAAAUAAUUAUAAUUGUUGCUUAAAAGGAUAAUGUUUAAAAUGUCUAUAAUUAAAUAUUAAGUGCAGUUUUUUUUUCAAUAAUGCUCUGCUUUUUAUGUGACACCACAUGGCUUCCCCCCCCCCUCUUUGCGUGUGAUGUAAGUAAGGUUGGUCUCCUAUUCCAAAUCCUGGUCAAAGAAUCAAUUAUUAUUAUAGUCUGUCAGGGUCACUUCAAUGUAUGUGUAUAUCAAUACUUUUAAUCGCAAACUAUUCACUUUCUAUUGUUUCUUAAAAGGAUAAUGUUUAAAAUGUCUUGAAUUAAAUAUUAAGUGCAGUUUUUUUUCAAUAAUGCUCUGCUUUUUAUGUGACACCACAUGGCUUCCCCCCCCCCCUCUUUGCGUGUGAUGUAAGUAAGGUUGGUCUCCUAUUACAAAUCCUGGUCAAAGAAUCAAUUAUUAUUAUAGUCUGUCAGUGUCACUUCAAUGUAUGUGUAUAUCAAUACUUUGAAUCGCAAACUAUUCACUUUCAUUUGAAGCUUGUAACUGAACUCUGCUAGAUUACUGAAAAUUAUUUUUCUUUGCACUGACAUCCAGAUCGGAAAAGGUCCUAAAACUACCCUCUCAAGUCAGAAAGCAUUCCUUGCACAAACUCAUGUUGGAAUUUUCUUGUGCAAAUUUUCCACAGAAUGGAAGAUGAAUGAAAACCUCAACAACUUGGACUCCAAAAUAAAUUGUAUGGGUUGAUCCUACCCUGACGUUAGCAAUCUAUGCGUACAAUGUGUACUACGUGUCUGAGUGUUUCGAUCAUAAUAUCCUACAUUGCCUUCAUUGUGCCCCUAUUACUAUUACCGUUCUAUUGCUGUUCAUUUUUUAAUUCUAUUAACAUUUUCCAAUGGGUGUAACCUGUUGUAUUAAAGGGUGCAUUAACAAAAUUCAAAAGGAUAGUGGAAUUUCCUUCCAUCAUAUACCUGAGGCUAUAAAUGGGAAAGGAAAAGAAUUGCUGGAAAUAACUGAACGCUGACGCCGUCUUUGGUUGAAAAAUAUCAACCGAAAGACUGUUACAAAUGAACCAUCCUGAAGUAAGCUGAUUAUGAGCCCCAAGCUGCUUCGAAGCUUUAAAUUGUUGAAUAGUAAAAACUUAUUUUAUGCACAAGAUAUUCAUAUAUGUCCUGUUCAAUUAUCGGUAAAUGGGCAACGUCAGUGGACCACAUGUUAUUUUCGUAUGGAUCUACUCCACCUAUUAGAGCUAAUUUAACAUUAUAUCUUUGCCUACUAACUGCAUCUAAAGACUCUUUGUAUGUUACUUUGCAAGUAUUUACUUUUCUACCUACAUCUUGUUUAAAUGCUGCCAUUUUACAUGCGUUUUAUGGGAAAAGAAACUGAUCGUAAUGAUGAUAGAAUACUAUUCUGAAUAGUAUCGAUUCGAGGCUUAACACUCAGUGAUGGAGUUGUUUACGUCACGUGACCGCGGGAGAAACGCCUUGUAGGAACAACCCAUUAACCUAAAUGCUUUCACAUCAGUUUACAUAGUACACGUCAGAAACAAGCUUUAUAACAUCAAUAUUGAGUUGUAUAGAAUUUCCUCUGAAAAAAAAAAAUUGAGCAGCCAAUGUUAAUUGAAUUAAAACCCAUGGCAAGCUCUCUAUCACUUGACCACUGAAGUCUGUAUCAAAUGUAUAAAAUUAAAAAAAAAAAAGAUUUUUAAAAAGUUUUCAAUGUAAUUACAGAACAUUCUAUUUCAGUUUUACCAUAUUCAUUUCAUUAAUCUAUGCAGUAGUAUUUAAAUCAUGUGACUUAUCUAUAAGAUUAGCUGCUGUCUGCUAACUCAAUCAACAUUACAUUUGUAGCUGUUGUUUAUUCAGGUUUGGCUGUAUGGAUAUACUUUUCUUAUUCUAGUGGUUAUUCUAUUGUCAAAAUUUAAAAAUAAUUCAUAUUAUUGUUUUUUUGCAGAAAAAGGUUGGAAAAAUAUUCUCAAAGUAUGGUGAAGUGCACAAUAUAUGGGUGAAUACCUCCUCUGAUGGGGGCAGAUUUGGGUAAGUUGAAUUUACAUUAAAACAAUAACUUAAUUAGAGGGUAAUAAUGUAAAAUAAUUCUAAAAUUCAUUUAUAUGGUCAAUUGGGAAGUUGAAUUUAACCUUGUUUGUAUUUUCCAUCCUUAGCCUUGUUAAAUUCUUCUGUGAACAAGAUGCCUUGAAAGCUAUUGAAGAAGUUAAUGGAACAAGUUUUGAAGGUGGAAAUAAAAUGCUUGUUAAAAAGGCUGCAAAAAGGUAAUUAAAAGAGUGUUGGAUUGCAGUAAAGCUUAAGCAGUUUUAAAAAAAAAAUGUAGAGUGAAGUUAUAGUUCAGUGGUUCUCCACCCUCCUAAUGUCGCGACCCUUUAAUACAGUUCCUCAUGUUGUGGCGACCCCCAACCACAAAAUUAUUUUCGUUGCUACUUCAUAACUGUUGAGAAUAUGUCUUUUCAGGUGGUCUUAGGCGACCCCUGGGAAAGGGUCGUGCUACCCCCAAAGGGGUCGCGACCCACAGGUUGAGAACCGCUGCUAUAGUUAUUCAUCCAUCCCUGUAGAGCUACAGCCCAUGUAGGGCUUUGGCGUGCCUUCCACUCAGGCCUAACUGAUGAUUUUCUUUUCCAUGAUUGGAUUCUCAGCUCCUGUAAAUCCCUUCCCACAUCAUCCAUACAUCUUAGCCUUUGAACCGUUUUCCUCUGGGGUUUUGGUUGUGCACCCUCUUCACUCCUCUGUCAUUUGGCAUUCUCUGUAAGAGUCCUGGCCAGCGUCCUUAUAUUUUCCCGGAGAACGUUUCUCUCCCAUGUGUUUAAUUAUAGACUUUCUGUUGAUUUUGUAAGGGCCCAAGUUUCACCUGCAUUUGGUAUAACUGGUCUGAAUAAAGUUUUAUAUAUAGUUUUCUUUGUUUUUCUUGUAAUGUCUUUAUGGAAUAUUUUCUGACUACUGAGUUGAGCCUUCUCGUCCAUGAGGGGCAUCCACCGAUCAUCGUCGGCAUCUGCGGUUCCUCCAAGGGCAUAGGCCACCUACGAGAGACCUCCAGGCAUCUCUAUCCUGGGCCAGCUUCUCCAGGAUCUUCCAUUCAUGGCCAAUUUUCUUGAUGUCUGUCUCCAAUUCUCGGCGCCAAGUGUUUCUUGGACGGCCUCUUUUCCGCUUACCCUGUGGGUUCCAUUUCAGGGCUUGCUUUGUUAUGUUAGAAGCAGGUUUUCUUAGUGUAUGACCAAUCCACCUCCACCGCUUCUGGAGAAUCUCUUCCUCAAUGGGUUUCUGUUUUGUCCGCUGCCACAGUUCCUGGUUGCUGAUUUUGUCUGGCCAGUGAAUUCUGAGAAUCCUUCUUAGACAGUUGUUGAUGAAGGACUGGAUUCUGGUCAGGUUUACGGCCGUUGUUCUCCAUGUCUCGGCUCCAUAUAGCAGCACAGGUUUUACCAUAGCGUUAAAAAUCCUUACUUUUAACUUGCUGCCUAAGUUGUUAGAGACCCAAACAUUCUUGAGUUGUUGGAAGGCUGCUCUUGCUUUUCCUAUCCUUAUUUUGACGUCCGCAUCUGUACCACCUUGUUUAUCUACCAUGCUGCCAAGGUAAACAAAACUGUCCACCUCCUCAAGGGCUUCUCCUUCAAGCAUAAUGGGUGAUGUACUGGUGGCAUUAACCUUGAGGAUUUUACUCUUCCCUUUGUGAAUGUUGAGACCCAUGCUAGCAGAAGUGGCUGCAUCAAUGUUUGUUUUCUCCUGCAUCUGUUGUUGGGUCCAUUGGAUGCCAUUCCUUUUCUGCUGUGUAGAUGUUUUCAUCACCCAGUCAAUGGCUAACAUUGUACUACUUAACAGGAUGAAAAACGCUCUGACUACUGAAGUAUGCCCUAUUUCCAGCCGAUAUUCUUUAUUUUAUUUCUGUUAGUCGUUUAUUUUUUUUUUCAUUUAAUAAAGAGCCUAGUUAUUUGAAUUGAUUUACUUUUUCAAAAUUUGGGUUUCCAAUUUUAAUGGUUUCAUCUGUCUGUUCUUCUCUCUGCAUAGUCAUGUAUUUUGUUUUUUGGUUAACGUCUAGUGAUGCGUCUUCUAAUUCAAUAAAAGCUUUUGAUAUGUCUUUACUACUUUUCCCUAACAGUGCUAUUUUAUUGGCAUAUGCAAGAUACUUAAGGAGUUGGUUGUAGAAAGUGCCUAUUGGUUUUGGGUUUCCCUCAGAAAGUAUCCUGUUAUUGUUCCCCAUGUGUUAAUAUGUAUGCUUCUUUCAACUCUCCAAUGUUAAGUUAAAUAGCGUACAACACAGUGAGAAAAGGAGUCACGUCUAAUCUGAAAUUCUCUUUGAUAUUCACCCUGAACCUUGAUUUUGCUUUUUCAGUUGCUUAAUGUUAAAUGUAUCAGACUUUUCAGUUUGUUGGGUAUGCCAAACUCUUGAAGAGUCUCAUAUAGAUACUUUUUUAUCCUGCCAUAGGCCAUUUAAAGUCCACAUAGAGUUGAUGUACUGGGAUAUUACAUUCAUAACAUUUCUUUAAUAGGCAUCUGAAAAUGGUUUGUACAGUGAUCGGUUUUAGUUUUUUCGGUAUUUUGUAUUUAACAUUUAAUAAGGAAAUUCCUCUGUAGUUUGUGCAUUGACGUUUGGAACCUUUCUUGUGUAUUUGUGUUAUUAGUGCUGUUAACCUUUCUGUUGGGAUUUUAUCUUCUUGCCAAAUUUUUAGUUAUAAGUUUGUGUCUGAGUGUGUAGUUCUCUUCCUCCAUAUUUAAUAAGUACUGCUGUGAAGAGGUCUUCUCUUGGGGCUUUGUAGUUUUCAUGGAGUUGAUUACUUCUGUAGUUUCUUCCAAAGAUGGGGAGUUAAUUAAAGGGUUUGGUCCUCCAUUACUUUGAACUAAUUUAAAUUGUUGCUUUGUUUAAUUAAUUUUGUAUUUCACCUUGCAACAUACUCCAUAAUUCUUAUUAAUCCCCAAAUCGUCAUUCAUUUACUACUGCUUCUAAGUUCCUUACUACCAAUUCAUCCUUCUCUCUACAGCAUCCACCCUUCCCAACCUCAAACCACUCCUCUCCUAUCAUCUACCUUUCACCUACCUAUCCACAAACUCUUUAUAACAAAACUACAUGCCUCUUUUCCAUUUCUGUCAUUCUUCUACCCUCCGCUAAACCCACUGCCCCACUAUGUUAAAACAUUUAAUACAAGCCAGAUAUGUUGCAUAACCAUUUAUUUAUUAAUUUGUAGUCUUGCGGGUUAAUGGUAUUUUAGUACUCUGAAAUUUUUAUUUAAAUAAAGAAAAAUGUGAUUUAGGUAUUGUUGUGAUCUCAGUUUCUCUGUUAUCAAAUUUGAAGUGUCUAGGAGGAUUGGAAAUGUCAUAUUUUUCAGAUGUAGAAAAAGUUAGAAACCUCCCUAUAAGGGACUUAUAAGAUUUAAAAUUUUGUUAAAAACAUUUUUGUAGGAAUCUUUGGGUAUCAGCCUGGAUGGUACCAAGUUUUAAUUUUCUAGGGUGUCUAACAGUGCCUUAUUAAUUCAAUUCUUUUUAUUGUUGUUACAAACCCUCAAAACCCUCCUUUUUCAGCCCCAGGGGGAGUUUUUAGAAUUUUUGUAGAGAUCUUGAAAGUAUCAACUUUAUAAUUUUCAAGUUUCUAUUUAUUGGUUGGAAGUGGUUGUUUUAUUUGAAUUAGUGUCUUUUUUUAAAAAAAAAGGAUCCCAACUCAGGAGUUAAAUGUUAUGCUCUUAUCACAAAUAUUUAAAAAUUUAACAUUAUGCAGAAUGCUUUUACAUUUAUGUUUUAAAAUGCUAAGGUAUACAUGUUUGGCGUAUUGUAAAGUUUGAAAGGAAGGUAAAGUGAGAAUUAAAUUACUGUUUUUGAGAUUUCACAUCAAAAUUAUGCACCAAUUUUUUCAAUUAGCUAUUUUUGUUUUUGAUAAAUAGGGGUGCUCCUGUUCCAAGGAAAGAGGGUGAGUCAGAGGAGACAGGAGAAAAAUAUGAAGAUGGAAAAUUACAAACAAUUCUAAUGAAACAGCGAAACCCAGACAUCGGUGAGUCUGCGGGUAUGAAACUUUUUAUUAUCCAAAAAUAGUUAUUGCUUGAUAUUUAUGACAUAUUUUUUAUAUGCUAUUAGAUAGUAUUAGAAUAACCUUUUUACAAAAAUGCAAGUUUACUUUUUAUUCUGUUUAAUACAAAGUAAAGGAAAUAAAAUUAAACAUUUUUGCUUGCCAUAUUUCUUAUGGUUCAUAAUAUUUUCAAAAUACCUCAUUUCUGUAUAUUGCAAUUAAAUUAUUUUUUUUAAUCAGUAUCAUUAAAAAUGGACAUAUAAAAACAAGUAUAAUAAACAUAAAUAGUUACGCAAAUUUGUCACAGAAUCUUCUCUAAGUCAUAAUUUUUAAAUUUUUUUUUGUGUUUUGAAUAUAUGAAAUUAAUACCAGUUGUAUUAAAUAAAAUCACAGGGCCAAUACUUGUGAUUUCAAACUAACUGGUAACAAUAACUUGUCAAUUCUCGUUGCUGUAGAACAUAUUUCUAUUAGCUUCAUAAUUGACAGACAUUUUUCAAAUUAAUUUAUUAAUACUUACUUGCUUGAAGAUUAUAAAAACUAGGAUGAAAGAUUUUUAUAAAUAUAAUCAUUGCCGAAUUUUGUAUUUUCUAGUGCCAUCAUUUGAAAGUAAUACCGGACAGCAAAUGAAAAGAGAAACAGAAGUAAGAAGUUUAUCUCUUAUCAUAAAGUUAAGAAAUGGCGGGUGGCUCCACAAUUAUUUUAAUGUUACUAAAAGGGAUUGGUAAACAGCCCUGUCGUAACAAAUAAUUUUCUUUACCCUCUCACACAUUUUUUUUAAGGUUAGUUCUGAAUCAGUGUUUGGCAAUUUUUAAACUGAAGAGAUUUGCUUGAAAAUAGUUUACAUAUUAUGUUUGGUGACUAUACCUUAUUUGGUGACAUUUGGGCCUAUAUGUAACUUCAUUAAUAUUCCCAAUUGCAAACCAUAGCUUAGUAAAUGUCAGUCAGUGGUGGAACUACAAGAUUGUCUGCCUUUGGACUGGAAGGUUGUGAAGUCACUUUUCACCUGGGGCCAUCUUUAGCUAUGUGUAAAUAUAGCUGGGUGGAAUUAAUUCAUUAGCAAAUACAGUCAGCUAACAGGGAGGAAAAGCUGUUAAACAAAACCGACCAAUACCAGUUUUUAAAAAAUAUUGGUCAUUGAAUGCAUUCUUGACAGAGACAAUUUACAGUGUUAAUUUUAUUUAUUGGUAUAACUGUAUGGCUUGAAAGUAUUUAUCUCAAAUAUCUUUUUUUGCAAAGCAGCUUUCAAUAUUAUUUGCAGAGAAUACUUAUAUCCCAUGUAGAAACACCUAUUAUGAUGUGGGGCCAAAAAUCAUCUGGGGAUAGUAUAAAUGAACUAACUAGUAUCCUCGAACAGUUAGCCAUUAUUUGUCCAGAGGCUCCCAAACUCUCAGGAAAACCAGAACCAGAAAAAGUAAGUGUUUCAAAGUUUUGGAUAAGAGACUAUUAUCAGUUUAACAGACCUGUUAUUUUUUACGAUUUUGGCGUACAAUGUAUGAUUUUGAGAUGUAUACAUUAUAUGUACUGUAUGUUUAUUAUUUUACUAUUAAGAUAAUGUAUUGAAAGAUUUUGUGAUGAUAUUGUACGAUUUUAAGAGUUUGAGGGUAAAAAGGUCUGGUUUAAUUUUAAGUCAUGCAAUUAUUUAUAUAUUUACAUCUACUUAUUUCAAAAAAUUAUUUUAAUUAAAUUUUUUAAAAUAAUAUACAUGAGCUAUGCAAAAGCUGUUAGUUGCUAAUAUGGUUUUUGUUAAUAAUAAAUCGCCUUUUACUUAUAAAGAUUCCCACUCAGGAAAAUUUAUUUAUGUUUUAAUAUUUAAUUUUUAGAUAUAUGGUGCUCAAUACUCAGUAGAUGCUUGCUGGUAUCGAUGUGUUGUUCGUUACACUUUUAACUCUGAAAGGGUAAGCUGCUCACUUAUCUGUUUACUAUUUAGCAAUAAACUUGGCAAUAUUUAAUAUAGAAUAGUUACCAUUCAUAUUUAUUUGUAAUGUUAUACAGGUUAAAUGUUUUUAAAAUAUGUAACACUGAUUGAUAAUUAAUCUAUUGUCUUGCUAUAUUUAAUUAAAGUAAGGAAGUACCAAAGCAGUAAAUACAGAUUUUGAAUUAUAAUCAUGAUCUUUGACUUAUCUGCUAACAGUAUAAAAAGUGACAGUUCUCGUUGCUGCUAGACCAAUUUCUUUUGGCUUCAUAACUGUCUUACAUAUUUCUAAAAUUGUUUUUCCAUAUUUCUUAAUGGACACAAUUAGAUUUUGUCUGGUCAUAAGUCUUUAAGCUGCUGGUACUAACAUACUAACUGCCUGAUCUAACUUGCUUUCUGUUUAAAUCGGUAGUUAUUUAUUUCAAAUUAAUGAUUGCAUUAGUAAUUUCAGGACUUAAUCUCUAUCUCCAGUUUAUAAAAAGAUUAUUUCUAGAUAACUUAAAAAUGGCUUUUUGUCUCACAAACAUAUUUUAUUUUAAGAUUUAAAUAAACCCCCAUUGAAAACAUUCUAAUGAAAUAAUUCUUAAAUGUGUUAUUUAAGCACUCAUUUUUUUAGAAAUCGCAACAAAUUUAAACCUAUAGAAAGCUGUUUAUCAUCUAAAUUGGAUAGGCUAUAACUUUGCAAUAGUCAAGUUUCCCUUUAUCGUUAGCACUUUCAGCUUGUCAUCACUAGAUGGAAAAAAUUAUGCCAUUUUUUUUAACUUCCCCAAAAACAGAAUUGCCUCUAAAUCAUACACUUAAUAGUCUGUAAUCUUUAAAUAUCUUAAUAAAAGUAAGUAAAUUUAAAAUGUUAUUUUAGAGUACAGAAAUCAAUACUUAAUUUUAAAAAAUUAGUUUGCUUCUUCCCUACUGUUAUUAGGCCUACAAUUUAACCAUAACACUAUGACCUUAUUUUAUUUUAUGGGCAUAAGCUGCUACUAAGCCUAAUAAAGUAAUACUCCUAUUCUAACAAAUAAACUGCACUUACAGGUCUAUUUUAAAUUAGUAUUUUUGUAAUUUAAUAAGGAAUGUAAUUAUACAUUUUGAAUAAUUGUUAAUUUAAUGUAAUAUUCUUAAACUGAGCCUACUUACUGUGUCUUGACCCUUAGUCUUAGUGUCAAGUGCUAUUUAGUAUUAUUUAGACCCUUGGCUAAAUAAAAUACUAUGUUAUAUACUUAUGAUCAAAAUAUUUGGAAAGUUAUUGACAAAACAGUCUAUGAGCUACUUAAAAUUACAGAUACUAAAGUUAUAAUAUUAAGUUAUACUAUACAAUUUUUAUUAAAAGACAUAAAAAAAAUAGUUAGGACUCAACAUCAUCAUAGUACUUAAAUUUUUAUAAGGAAUAGAAAAACAGUUUACAUAAACUAAGACAAUUAUUUAAUGUUUCUAAUAACGUUUUAAUAAAAGAAAUUAGUUUUAAUCAAAACAAAACUUGAACAAUAUUAAAAAGAAACUAGAAAUUGGGUAGAUUUGGGAUAAUGACAAGAUGGUAUAUCUAGGCUACAUUCAGAUACAAGAGAAAAUUUAAAUUUUAUGCUGAAGAAAUUCCUUCAAUGAGGCAGCUCAUUGGAAUGUAGAUAUCAAAUAUAAAGUUUGUGGAGGAGAGAUUGUGGGAUUCAUCAACACUACCAAGAAGUCUUUAGAGCAGUCUACAUAGAACAUGAUAGACAGAUCAUUGCCAUAGCCUUUUAAACUUUAAUCGCAUAGUUGAACAGGUAUGCUCACAUAAGUCUUGUCUUAUUGGGGAUUUUUUUUUGGAGUUUUUAUUUUUAAUUUCAUGCAUUCACUAUAUUUUGAAAAAAGCUUCUAAUUACAAUUUAUAAAUAUAUAAAUGGAUUUAAAAUUUAAAUUGAUCAGAUAUUUAAUUGAAAUACAAUAAACAUGUUUUUUUUUAGUGAUUUUUUAAAAAUACAUAUAAUAAUAUUUCUGUCAUGAUUUUUUUAACAUACCUUCAAAUAAAAUUAACCAAAAUACUAAGUUUUAAUGUAAUGUAAAAGUUUUGUUGUUCAUUAGUUUUGAAUGUUUCCUGAAAGUUUGGUACAACUAUCUUUAAAUAUAAUUAUAUUGUGGGUAAAAUAGUGCAGAAAUGUUAAAAGUUUGGGGUAAUGUAUAUGGUUUAUUUAAGGGGCUUAAAUAAAUAAAUAUUAAAUCAUCACUCCACUUCUAUAAAAGAUUAAAGUGGUGUUUUAAUGAAAGCUUAUACCUAGUCAAUAUUUAAAAUGUCUUUCAAACAAUACAAUUUCUUUCUCAUUGCUAUGGAACAUUAUAUCUAAUAGUUUCAUAAUUAACAGAUUUUGCUCAUGAUGUAUUGGAACUGUUAAUGGUUAUUUAAUAUUACCAUUUCAGCAUGUAUGAUUCUGAAAAAUAAUCAGCAAUCAAUAUCACAUUCAAAGAAUAUUUGUUUUCAGUUUCAGUAAUUAUUUAAGGUUUGUAAAAAGUACAAUUAAAUUGUAAAUUUAAAAAAAAAAUAAUGCACAUAGCUGGGACUUAUAAAUAAUAUAGGUAACUAAAAAAUAUGCACUUAAAAAAAACAACAAAAACAUAUAGUUCCUAUUGUCUGACCCACAAGUAAAGUCCAACCUUUAAUCAUGAUUUUUUUAAAUCCUCAUUAAGGAUAUAAUGACAUUUUAUUGAAUAAAAUGAAUUUACAUUGUUUCUUUAACGAAUUCCAAAACUUUGCUGACCAUAAUAUUACUACAUAAAUAUUAGAAAGCACUAAGACUUUUUAAAGACUUAAGCAUCAUUGCUUUGGACUUUUCACUUAUUGCUAAAAGUAAAUGCCAAUUCUCGUUGCUAAUGGAUUCAUUCCUUAUAGCUUCAUAAUUGGCAAACAGCAUUUAAUUUCUGCACAGCGAAAAGGAGCAAAGUAUACCUAUAAAUACUUUGAAAGAAAAUAUUAUAUAAAAAAUGAUACUGCUAUAAUUUAAAUGAUUUAUGUUAUAUCAAUCAUAAAUCAUUUUAUUUUAUUGUAUGGUAUCAAAGAAACAAAUCCUAUAAAUUGUCUGUGAAAUAUUUUUGUUUGUUUCUAACUGGUUGGAGUUAUGUAAUGAUUUAUUUCUUUUACAAAACACAUUGUAAAUCAUUAGAUACUUUGUACAUAUCAUUUAUAUUAUCACUCAUAUUGCCAAAGAAAAUUUUUCAAUUCUUGUUGCCCAAGUACUGUUGCUUUAGGCUUCAAAAUUUACAAACAAUUGUAUGCAACAAAAUAUUUUGUAUGGUUGUGAAAUAAUGUUUUAUUAUUUUAAUGGAAUUUGUUUUUCUGUAUUAUUAAUUUUAGUAUGUUUUGAAGGAUUAAAAGGCAUCUGAUGAGGGAAGAACUUCUAAACAAUACAAAAUUUAGCUCCAACUAGCAGCUAUUGGGAUGAUUCCAUUUGAAUGAAUAACUGUUCCUUUAAUAUCCACAGGUAAAAGUCCAGUACAUAGACUUCGGCAAUACAGAAGAAUUAGAUCCAUCCACGUUGGUAGAGCUUCCAAAAUCCUUAACAGCCCUGCCGCCAUGUGCAAUCAAAUAUAUGCUUCAUUCUCUAUGGUGUAAUAACAAUCAAGAUGCCAAUGUAUGUAUUAAUAUAUUUAGUGAUUUUUCUGUCAGUCAUGUUAAGAGUUAGAAUUAAUGUAGUAAAUUUUUUGGAGAAUACUGACAAUAGAUUAUCUUAAAUAUUUAAUUCUAAUUUUCCCAGGCAUUAAAGUUCUUACGAGAGAUUGUUGAGGGAAAGGAGGCUGAUGUAUUUACAACUGCCAGACUGUCAGAUCAUACAGGCUUCUUUGCUGAAAUUUUUAUUGCCGGUGUUAGUAUCAAUGAAAAAAUGUUGGAGAGCGGUUUUGCAUUUAAAAAGCCAGGAUUGGAACAAAGAGGUUUAAAAUCGCGACCACUGGGGGCUUCUGGAGAUGCAGGUGCUACCAAUAAGUGAGUGCUGUAAUAAAAUAUCUAUAUUUUAAAAGGGUUGAUAGGUUAAACAAAUUUAGAAAGAAUAAUUUUAAAGGUAAAUUAUGCUGGUUGGAUUAACCAAUUUUUCAUUAAUUGUAAAGAUUUAUUUAUUGAGACAGCAAUUUAUUGUGAAUCAUUUUCCUCUUUCAAAAAUAACCUGGUUUAAAUACCCUAUAAAAAGUUAUUGGUUUAACUUAAAUUUUAAUGGAAAGAAGUAGUUAAUUUUAUGGUCUAAGAAACUGCUAGCACAACAGCUCAUUUUAAAUAAUAUGCAAAACAAAAACUUAAUGCAAAAUCUAAACUGCAUCAAUAUGAUCAGAGACCUAAAUGAAAGAAAUUCAUCAAUGAAACCUCUUGAAGAAUUCAAGAAGUUUCAUAGUGCAGCAAAGAAUCAGACUAAACAUAAUAGGUGAACAUUUUGCCUAACGUUGCUGUUUAUUUGUUGUGGAAGUUUUAUUUAAGUUAAAAUUUCAGUUGCAUUCAGUAUGAUAAUUAAAAUAACUUUAUACUGACAGGAUAAUAGCUCCUCCCACCUUCUAAAGACCAUGACAUUUAAAGACUUAAUGUUUAGGAAGAAGAGUCAAGUAAAAAGUAAUGCAGUUUUAGGAUCAUUUAGAACCUGACUCAAUAUUUUAUUGUGUCAAAAAUAAAUAGCCCAUUAACUUAACUUACACAUUUUUUAUACAGGAAAGUGAGGAUGAAUUUUUCUCACUAAGGUUUUGGGAGUUAUUGUCCUGGAAGCAUUGGUUCUAUUUGAAAAUUAACUCUUUAUCACAUCACAUUUUUAAGAGAUGUACUUAUAAUAAUGAUAUUUUUACACAUUUCAAACAAUUUUGCUAACAUUUCAGGUUAAACAUACCAUAAAGUUUCUUUUUGCAUGCAUUUGUUAGUGCUUACCAGUUUAUGAUAUAAAUCAAUAAACUACAAUUAUAGCAAUAACAAUUUUCUUAAUAGACGACAGCUAAUUUAGAUUAAAAUAAUUUUUUUAAAACCUUGUAGGCCCAAAAAAUAUUAAAUAAAUGCCUGAAAAUCUAUGUAAAGAAAAAUUGUAUGUCUUGGUAUUUCAUUAAAAUAUUAAAUUCUUGUAUAGCAAAAAAAAAAAAAAAAAAAAAAAAAAAAAAAUUAAAAAAAUAAAAAAAAAAAAAAUAAAAAAAAUUAAAUAAAUGCCAUAAAAACUAAUUAAAAAAAAAUUUUAUGUCUUAUUAUUUAAUUAAAAAAUUAAAUUCUUGUAAAGCAAAAAAAAAAAAAAAAAAGCUAAAAUGCUUGUAUAACAUUAAAGACAUAAAAAUGUUCUUUUUAUCAUGUUGCCAACUUUUUUGUUGUGAUUUAGUGUGAAAGUUGCCUUUCCUAAUCUAAGAGAUGGCCCACGAAAAUUUGACUCAGAGAAAGAUGAAAUAUCUAAUUUGCGAUGGAAGUUGAAGGUAUGUAAAAUAUAAUUAUGAUCUAUAUUUGAAGGCAAUUGAAGUAUUUUUGGUAUCAUAUUUUUAAAUGAUCAAGAAACUCAAAAUUUCUGCUGCUAUAUUUGGAUUCUUUUUUUUUUGUUGGUCUAAUUUAACAAUAUUUAUCUAUGAUUAAGACAUAUUUAUUUUUUUAAUACUUUGCUGUAAACUCAAGAGAUUUCUGUUCUUCAUCAGUUGCUCUUUCUUUUUAAAAAUCUUAAUAUUACUACUAUAAAAGACAAUGUGUUACAUUUUAUUUAAAACAAUAUGGUAAUAACUUAUGAACAGUAUAUAAAUAAUUUUUAUUGUCUGAGGCUCUUGGCUGUCGAGGGAUGGGCUUCUUCUUAGGUGGACUUGGAGUUGCUGAAUGUAUUGAUGGUUAAUGACUCGAUGCUGUCUGAGUCGUUGGGUAAUGAUUUUCUGUCAUUAUAUCCCAACCCGGUUCUAAAUCUUCUUCUGCUCCAUACCUGGGCAAAGUUGGUCUAAAUGCUUCUUCCAUAUUCUUCCAAUCAGGUAAAGCUUUACCUUAUAAAGGCGUGGACUCAUAACUUUGAUGAUUGUACCAGGAGCCCAUCGUCGCUUAGUCUAUUGUUGUUCCAUUUAUUCUUGUAUAACACGCAUAACCUUGAAGAUUGUACCAGGAGCCCAUCGUAGCAUGUGGGCAGCUAUGUCUUUACGAUUUUGUCCCUGAUUCUCCAUGAUUUUAGCAUAAAGCCAUGGUCCGUUUACUGAGAGUUGCAUUGGCUGCCAGUUCGCGCUCGCAUAGAGUACGAAAUUGCAACUCUGUGCUACCGCUUCUUGCAUGACCUGGAACCAUCCCAUCUCAAAGCGCUCAUGACGACUUAUGUACCCACUAGACGACUCCGCUCAUGCGAUAGUGGCAAACUCUCGAUACCAUGUGUUCGCCUUGAGACUUACGGAAGGCUACUUCAGACCUGUUUACUCUCACGAUUUUGGCGUACAAUGUACGAUUUUGAGAUGUCUUUUACGAUUGUAUGCCGAGACCCGCCAAAACUACGAUUUUCAGAGAGCCGGUGAAAAAAAAAAAAAAUUCCGAUUAAAAUUCGUUUGUUGAAGUUUUAGCCUUUUCCAAUAAAAAUCUACUGGUGAAUGGAAAGAGAAAAACGAUUGGUUGUAAUUUUUUUUAAAGUUGGGACCAUCCUUCAUUAUAUUAUGUGCGCACUGAGAGGGGAGGUGAGGGGCUGUUAAUGAAGGAGAUUUGCGGCAUGGGUGGAGUGCCAAAGGUUAUAAAAAUAUCACCGCAACGUAUCGUAUUGAUGGCGAUGAUUGUCAUAGUGUUGCUUUGUGUGUCACACUGAACUAGUUAGCUGCGUCACCGGUAAUAUUUAUACUAUUCACUGCCAUCCCCUUUGACUGCCACCAAGCGUGUGACGUAGUUUUGUUCCCUUGAACCCAGAGGCGUAGCGAUGGGGGGGGGGCGGGGGACAGAUGUCCCCGGGAUGUCCCCGGGUGCAAGCUAGUUAGGGGUGCCAAAAUGUGAUUUGAUAUAUUAUUGGUAAAAAUAAUGGGUUUUACAGUUGAAAAAAAGAAAAGGGGGCGCUUUAAAAUGGAUCUUGUCCCCGGGCGCGAAUCUUGUCCCCGGGCACCAAACACCCUCGCUACGCCACUGCUUGAACCGCAGCAAUUGUGAAAACGGAGAAAACUAGAGACGAUACGGUUUUUACAAUAAAAUACAUGAUCACACUGUUCUGCACUGGAACGUUGGAUGUGGACAUAUUUUAUAAGAGCUUGCCAGCGGCAUGUAAAAAAAAAAUAUGUGUAGAACUAGCAAAGCAGCUCUUUACCUCAGCGAUCGUAAUACGACAGUUUGGUAUCACUACUAAUACUUCGCCCCCCCCCCCCCCCCCCUAUCCCACCCCUUUUUUUAAAGGGAAAAAAAUCAGACGACAGCUCAAUUUUUUUUCCCAGUAAUGAGUGAGUAUUUUACGAUAUGGCCUCGACACAAAGAAAGGCACGCGAAACCGAUGAUGAAGAAGAAACGUCUACUUCUGCCGAUAAACAUCAGUUUCAACAAAAGAUAAAGAAAGUUUAUAUUCUUUCUUGGAUAUGACACAAUCUACUGUAUUGAGGUCUUCAUAGAAGGGUCCAUCAUACGCGCGCUGCACAUUCUGCAAGUCGGACUUUUCAGUAGCAAUCAGAGACAAAAUGAGUGGUGUGGAUUUAGGAGAUAGUGUGUAUGGCGCGGUUCUGAAUAUUUAAAUCUAUACAUUCAACACCGCAUCCACAUUUUCCUAAUGUCAGUUGGGGGGGGGGGGAUGUUCCUCGGCAGAAAGUACAUGCAGUAUUUAAAAAUACUACAAUAUUCAUCCUGAAAGUCCUAAAAUAGCACAUUUCUAUCUCGAAUGCUGUAAAAUACCNCAAAAAAGUGGGUGGGGGGGUCCCAAUUUGUUACCGGGUAAUUCAUUCUUAUUUUAAUACAUUUUAUUUUAUGCUUAUCUGAAGUCAGGUUUGAACUUUCACCAGUGAUUUUAUUUUGACCUGCGACAGACUGGGAUAAUGUGAUCAGCACGUUAACCCAAAUAGUAAUUGAUAUGUAUUAGCAGAUACAUGUCUGCAAAACAAAGUGACCGCAGUUAACAGCUAACGUCAGUCAUCUACUGUUUACCUACAGUUCCAUAUUUUGACGCCAGCGUAACUCGAUUCCACUGAACAGUGGAGAACUAUAGGAGGAGUUAUUGUAUACAUUAAAUAUACUGUAUUUUUUUAAUUAUUUACAAUCAAAAUACUGCAUUGUACGAUUUUGAGAUGACAUUGUACGAUUUUAGGAGUUUGGGGGUAAACAGGUCUGCUACUUUCGCAUUUUCUGGCCCAACAAUUUGGAACAUACUUCCUUUCGCUCUCAGAAACAGCCAGACACUGGAGUCUUUCAAAACCGAUUUGAAAACACAUCUAUUUCGCAAACACCUACUUGUGUGAUGUUGUCUACCAUCUUUUCCAGCUAGCUAUUAUCUCCUAGAUGUAUAUUGGCCUUUGUUGUUUAUGGUUGCAAGGGAUGAAAGACUUAGAAUGGGUAUUCUCGUAUGCAGUUUUUGUAAUUUUGCGUUUUGUAUUUCAUGUGGUAUGAUAUAGAUUUUUUUGUUUCUCUUUUAAUAUGGUUGACUUUGUACAGCGCUUCGAACCUUUGGGGAUGAAGCGUGAUUUUCAAAUAAACUUUAUUAUUAUUAUUAUACUGAUGAUCUGCUAACUGUUUCAUACACUUGAUUCCAAAAUAUUUUGUAUGCAGGAUUUGGAGAACUUGAGCUUCUAGUAUUUUAGGAGACAUUUCGACUGCUGAGAGCGAGUCUUGAAUAUUUUUAAAAGCUGAUAUAUUUGCUGCAUCAGCGUUCAUGUAUGCUUUGUUUGUAGAGGACGGCCAGCCCUCUUUUGACAACAUAUCAUUACUUUAGGUCUUUAAUUGACUCUUUUGCAAGGACUCUGGGUCUGUUGGUCUGAUCUGCAAGCUAACUUGUUUGAUCAAACAUUCAGAAUCCAUGUCCGCUUCACUUUCUUCACCACCGAAAAUGUCAUCAGGUCCUGAGGGUGGACGACUAAGUGCAUCUGGCCACCAUUAUCAAUUGACUUUUAGAAUUCAGUGAUAUAGUCAUAUUGACUCUAGGUCAGACCCCACCUGGCUAAACACCUGCUGGUGUUCCUUUUUCUACACCAAAGAUGCUUAUCAGUGAUUUAUGGUCAGUAAGGAAAACAAAUUUUCUUCCAUACAGAGGUUGAUGGAACAUUAAUUAUGCAAAAAUAAUUUACAGUUCUUCUUUCUGUAUCUGGCUUUAUUUGCAUUUUGCCAGUGUGAGAGUUUUUGAAAUGUUAGCAAUAGGGCGUCCAUUGUCGUCAGGAUUUGGUAGAAAAGAUCACUUCCUAUGCCAAAAUUUGAGGUGUCACAGCCUGUGCCUAGAGUUGGAUCACAGCGAGCCAAAACUGUAUCAAAAAGCAGUUUGAGAUUUCUGAAAGCUUCUUCUUGUUCUGUUUUCAAAUUCCAUGAUAUGUUCUAUUUAGUUAAAUAAUACAGUGGCUCAAGUACGGUAGACUUGUCUGGUAAGAACUUGUAAAACUGCACUUGGAAAAGAGAUGUCUGGAAAUAUCUUGCCUGCAUGGUUAUUACUUUAUCUACUUUUGCCCCUUUUGAUAUUCCCUAAAUAUUGGAUUGAUUGUUGGGCAAAAAUGCAUUUUUCCAACCAGCACUUAACCCUUUACGGGGCAGAGGUACUUCAUCUUGCAUCUCCAGAACGGGCACCACUUCUCCGGUUUUUAGUUAGAUUUUGGGUGACGUUAGUAAAAAAAAUCAAAUCAAAGGUGUUGGUCAACAAAUUUUAGUGAAAUAAAAAGCAAAAUUAAGGAAAAUGAAUGCAGUUUUAUAAUUUUACUCACAUGUUCCCAUUAAUCCUCAUAUGAACACAAAUAUUUGCAAAAAACAACAUAUUGUUUGUGAUUGUGAGUCAAUCUAUUUACUAUUUACAAACACUGCCACAAAAUCAAAGUUCGUAAAAUUCAACUCUGCUUACUAUGCUGAUUUCACUAAUAUUACUAAUAAUAUUAAUAUCUUGUUCCAAUUUACAGUCAAUUCGUGCACUUUAAUGUCACUUCAAUUGAAUCCACCGAAAUCUCCGCUAUCACUUGAGUAAUAGGCAAAUAAUCGGCAAAAUCCAUUUCGAAAAAAAAAAUUCUUAAACCCCUAAAACUACAAAAGAAAUCGAUUAAAUACUUGUAACUGGCGCCCACUCUAUCCAGCUAUCGGAAAAACCGGAUGUAAACAAUUAGGAAGUCUCGCAAAGACUCGGAGGUCACGAUUUUACAACUAUAUGUCGUCACGGAAGCUUUUGGGCGUUUUCCCCGUUGAGUACUUAGGACAAUUUUGUCUGCCCGGUAAAGGGUUAAAGCCAUUCAACCUGUGCAAUUGCUUGUGAAGGUUGCUUACAUGGUCUUCCUCAUUCUUUUGGCUCAAUAGAAUGUCAUCCAUGUACACAGCUACUCCAGGUAAAUCUUGUGUAAGUUUGUCCAUUGUCUCCUGGAAAUAAGCUGGUGCUGAUGUAAUCCCUAAUGUGUCUAGCAAAAUCCCCCUUGAUUCGUGUUUAAGACUAAUUUCUCUUGUGUUUCUUUUGAAAGCUAAUAAUGUCUACCUGCCAACUUUGUUAUAAGGUCUUCUGGUAAUGGCAUUCAGUACCAUGGUUUUUCUAACUGCAGAUUUACAGUUUUUGCAUUGUCACCACAGAACCUAAUUCGCGACUUAUUCCCUGCUAUAGAUUUCUUUCUACAGGAACUGUGGGAGUGGCCCACUGAUUAAACUGUACUGGUUUCCAGAUUCCCUGGGAUAUUCCAGCUCCAUAAGCUUCUGUUAGCUCUGCCUUAAUUGCAAAUGGAACAUUUGUGGGUUUCAUAUAAAUUGGAUGUGCAUUUGGCUUGAACUUAAUAUCUAACUCAAAGUCUAUUAAUAGUCCAAGACCAGGUUUAAAUAGUUUAGGGAAUUCCCUGCAGAUUUGCUCACAAGAUUUAUUCCACGAGUUUUGAUUGCUCAUAUGAUACACCUGUUUCUGAAAAAGACUUUCUAUUCAAAUGUUAAGAUUUUUUUUGGCGGUUCUGCCCAGCAAGUUUAAUUUGUGAUCUUUCACAACUACAAAUGACUUGGUUGAAGAUGAUUCACUUGUAUCAGUUUUUAUUUCUAUACUUCCUAGAAUAUUAAGUUGGUCACGUCAAGCGUAUCAAUACUAAAUGAAUACUGGACUCGAAGCUUUUUUCAUAAAGUCUCUGCCAGAUAAUUUUCCCCAGCUCCUGUGUCCACUUCAAAUAUAAAAUUCUUUUCCUUCAAGUAUAGUUCCUGUUUUAUUUGUGGGACUGUAUUGCCCACUAUAACACAAGGAAGGAAAUAUCUAAAGUUUUCUUUGUUCGCUCCUAAGUAAAGUUUAACAAUUUUACUAUCUAUGAGGUUAAGUUAAAUGAAUACAUGAAUUCUCCAUUCAGAUUUUAAAAAAUUAAAUAACUAUAAAAUGUUUAAUAAUUUAACACUUAGCAUUUUUCUUUCUUAUCAUAUAAUACCUUCAAUCUUUUACAACACAGAACCUUCAGACUGAAUACACAAGUUUGUCAAAUAAAGCACAAGAAAAUGACAUGUCAUCACAGGUAAACUGUUGCGAAAAAUGAAUUUAAAUACUCUGAGAAAGCUCCAAAUUUUAAUUUUAAAUAAUUAUUCAACAUAUUUAAUUGCUAAAGAUAAAAAAUGAAUCUAGAUUUAGGGUAACGGUAGGAUUUUUUCUCUUUUAACUAUGUUCAUGCAUUAUUUCUAUUCUCAUUUAAAUUUUAUAGAUCAAGAAUCUCCAAGCUCUAUCUAGUAUGGUAAGAAAGCUUCGGUGAGUUUAAUAUUUUAUAGAAAAUGUUUAGUGUAUUAAACAAAAUUGACCUAACUUCAUAAAUAUUGAGCCGUUCUUGGCCUCUAAGCUUUGUCCAUAGCCAUUAAUUGCAAAAAGCCUUCAUUUAAGAUUAAUGACUUGUAGACAAUAUAACUUUUGUUUUCUUUAGUUAACCUUAAUUACCACAGUGUAUGGUAAGAAUUUUAUGAUUCUAGCUUUUCACAUCAUUAGAAUUUUUUUAUGAAAGACUAACUCACUUGUAACUGCAGUUUUAAGAAAACUUAAUAAUUAAAAGUAGACUUCAAUGAGUACCACACCCUUAUCUCCCCCACCAUUCAUUUAACUGUACAAUUCGCAAGUGUAGUUAAUUAACCGUAUUUAUUGGCAUAUAACAUGAACUUUUUCUCCCCAAAAAUAGGGGGCAAAUCAUGUGUGCGUGUUAUACGCCAAUAUAAUGAAUAGUUUUUUUUCCUGAAAUUUCCUUCUUAAAUUGAGGUGCGUGUUAUACGUGGGGGCGUGUUAUAUGCCAAUAAAUACAGUAUUUAUUUCUUCAAUUCUAGGAAUCAAUUCCCCCUUGAUAAAGAGACACCUUUAGACACAGCUUUAGUUUUAGUACAAGGUCCUGGUAAAAUUGGUAUUCAUAUGGCCCAGUCUAUACCUGAGGUUUGCAAGUCUAUAAGUGCCUACAAAAGUGCACAAGAUGAAAUACGGAAGUGCUCAGAUAGUGUAAGCAUUUAAUACUUAGUUUAUUUUAAUUUAAUCUGUGUUUUUGUAAACUUAAUUCUAUUAAAAAUAUUGUUAAUAUUAUAGUUACUUUCAUUAAGAAACCCAUUUGAAUAUUUUAACAAUAUUUGAUAUAUUUAUGCUUGUGUGCAGUUACAAUAAUUUUUGUCUUAUAAUAGAUGCAGAUAGAAGUACAAAACUUUAUAAACAUUUAUUGUUGGAUCUUAGUGUUUAUCUUCCCCUUAAACAAAAUUGAACUUUAUUUUGUUUGUAUGCAAAGAAACUAUUGUAAAAAAUACUCAUUUUAUCAUAAUUUAAAUAAGUUUUAUUUUUAUGUAAAAUUUCUACUUAAAUGUGUUUAGAUGCAAUUAUUAUAUGAGUUUUAAUAAUUAAUCUUAAUCUGUAAUUAUCUUACUUCUUCAGGCAAUCCUUAAAGAAAAGACAGAAGCAAGAGACUUACAAAAGAAGGAACUCUUUGACAGGCUUGCUGUUGCUAUAGAGGAACUCAAUAAAGUACCCUUACAAGACAGGGGUAAACAGGUGCAGGUAAUCUGAACUAAAAUCUGACUUGGUAAAGUUUUAAAAAAUUAUUUGCACAUCAAGAAAAUCUGUUGCUAAAAAUUGUAAUAAUAAAAUAUAAUUAUUUUUCAAUUAAUAUUGCCAAAGGCAGUUCAAUAACUUAAUGAAUUCAAUUCAUCAAAGAUUUUGUCUCAUUUUGUUAAGUAGCUUUAAAUUAUAAACAUCAAGUAUUACAUUACAUUAUUUAUUUUGAUUAAACUUAACUAACUUUACCACUUACCCAUUUUGAUAACAUUGGGAACUUUUUUUGUAUAUAAAAUUCAAGAAAAGUUAUGACAGUUCUUAAAGUUCCACUUAAAAUUUCCAACCCAACCAAUAGGACAUUGUGUCAGCACUCACCAAGCAUUAUGACUCCUUCACAAAGUUUACAGUGCCCCAGUUGCCAUUAAUUGAAAGUUUACUUCCGUCGUUUGAGGAAUGGAAGGUAUUGUCUAUUUUUUAACAACAUUCUGCUAUAAGUUUUGGGAAACGUUUUUGACACUUAUAGUAAUCUGCAUUAGGAGAUGCAGGCAUAUUUGUUUCUGCCAAAUGUCAUCAAUCUCAUGUUUUUGGUUUUUUUAGUGAAAAUAUUUGUUAUCAUAAAUCCUAACUUGAACAUCUAGUAUACACAUCAGUUAUCCAGUUCUAACAAAUUAUCUAACUUGAACAUCUAGUAUAUACAUCAGUUCUCCAGUUCUAACAAACUAUGUCACAUUAAUGCUAAUGUAAUUUUAUCUGUUUACAAAUAAAAACAAUGUUUUUAAUAAAGAAAGUGAAGAUAGAGUUGUAAACAUGAGCACAUAAACUAAUUAUAAAAAAUUAGUUGUUACAUUUUUAAAAUGUUUUUUUUCUUUCUUCAAAUUAACUCAGGGGAAAAAAAAGGGGGAUAUUGUUGGUGCCCGACGUUACAGUGACACUAUGGAAUCUUCAGUAAAUGGUGUUUUAGAAAAGUUAAAAAGUGUGAGUUUUAUUUAAUAAAGUUAAUCAGUUAAAUUAAAGGCCGUCUUUUGCUCUUUAAAUUUUAUGAUUAAGAUUUUAUUUUAAAUAAUAAACCCAUAAAUUUUAUCUACUUAAUUUAAAUUUUCUACCAUUAUUGUUACUGCCUCUAUCUGUAGUCCAUUUCCCUUAAUCUUGAGCUGGAAGAUGAAGAAAUGACAGAUGACCUUGACAGUACAUUGAAACUGUAUGCGAAGGCGUUACAUCAGGAAAUUUCUGUUGCUGAUACUGUGAGUUUACAUUCUGAAGUCUUUUACCAAAAUAGCUGUUGUUGAUUUGUAUACUUAAGUAUUUCCUUUAGUUCAAUCUGGUUUAGUCACAAUUAGAUCAUACUUGGAUGUUAAUUAGAUGAAUUCCUUUUCCAUUAGCAUAUAAUCAUAAAUUUUCUCUAACUUUUAAAGUUUUAAUCUGCAUUAUGUAAAUGGUAAACCUUGGGCUUAUUUCUUUGUAUUCUACAUUUAAAAAAAUAAAACAGUAAUAAUUUCCAAUGGAAGUCUUAUAAUUUUUAACAUGUAAUUUUUUUAAGGUAUUUAUAUUUAUUCAGUAUAAUCAUAUUUUGUCUACUUCUAAAACAGGAAAACAGUCCAGAUGCUAUAUUUAUUGCCACUUUAGUCCAAGCCCUUCUGAAUGAUUUGAGGGAAGAAUCUAGCUGUGUAGACCAUCUAUCCAAUGUAUUACAUGAGUUCACUUCUUUGAAAGACCAAAUUGCUCCAUGGCUGAACUCUACCCCUUCUACUAAUGAGCUGCAGAUUGUAAGAUCCAAACUAAAAAAUAUGAAAUCCAAAUUAAGACAUAAGCUUGCUGACAAGGUGGAUGCUGAAGAGGUAAUAUAAUGACUUAAAUUCCUUUGAAAUAUGUGUAUGAUUUCAUGAUCAAAUAAGAAAGAAGCCAGUGAUACUUGUGGUGUGGGGAACAAAAAUUGAAGAACAUAUAUAUUAAAACUCUUUAUGUUGUGCUUUUUUUAGUUGUCUUGAAUAUAGUAUAUUUAUCUGGUAAUAUUGUUAACAUAAAGAAAUAAUAAAUUCAUUGUAAAAGAUUUAUUUGUUCCAGAAUCAAGACUCCCAAGAGCUAGAAGAAAUAGCUAAAGAUCUGGAGAAUAUUAGAAAUAACAUCCACAAGGCCCUUAAAGAAGAAGACAAGCUGCUGGUAAGUACUUAAUAUUUAUAUAUGUUGACAUUUAAAAAAAAUAAUUUUUUAAUGUGCUUUAAAAUUUUGAAAACAUAUCUAUGGGGUGGCUUGUGUGUUUAUAAUUUGAUCAUAUUUUUCAAUAUUCAUGUUUAGGCUGAUCUAAGUGAGUUAGCCAGUGCACAUUUUCCGGAGUUGAUCAAUGGAGAGUCUGACACAGGUUUUGCCACAUAUAUAGUAAGUCAAGAUUUUUUUCCAUCAUAGUCUUUAAUAGAUUUGUUAAAAUGCAAUCAUUAUUUGGAACCACGGGGGGACAUUUAAAAUGAUUAAGUCAUUAUUCCUGCGAACAUGCAUGUUCACUACAGUGAAAUGUUCACUACAGUGAUAUAUUCAAGCUAAUUAUAUAUUUUUUGUGUUACAUACACGUGUGUUUUUAUUAUGGGUGAUGCUUAACAUUAGUUUUUUAACAAUUGUUAAUUAUUUUACUCUACUGUUAGACUUACAAAGGCCUAGUCAAGCUUUCUCAUGCCCCAGACCAGUAUACAAUGACACCUGUUGGCAGCAAUCUAAGUGGAAUGUUUGUUUCGCAGCUGGAUAAUGAACCUGUGUUCAUUAAGGUAAAGAUAAAUGCUUCUUUCCUUUGAAUAAAAAAAUUAAUUACAAAAGUAAAUUAUGAACUCUUUAUUUUAAUUAAUGAGCUUUUCAUAUAUUAUCAAAUAAAAGCAGAAAUAAUAAUUAGCAAAUGGUAAAGAUAAAAUUUUUGCAUUUAUUUCUAUUUUCUCUUGCGGGUGUUUUUUUUUGGCCAAAAUUUAGAAAUGUAUAAUUUCUUUAUUUCAGGAAUAUUUCUUAGGAAGUGCCAGCAAAUUAAACAGAGAGGAAUUUCUUUCGCAGAUGGCAUUGUACUCCAAUGCCUCUUCUCUGUAUCUAGAGCCUGUUUUAACGGUUUUUUUUGACAAGGUUUGAAAUUUGUUCAAAGUGAUAUAAGCAAUUUAAAAUUUAGAAAAGCAUCAAAUAAUUUAAUGCUAAAGAAAAUCAUUAAUCAUGCCUACUUUAAUAAUAAAAAAAGGGAGCUUUGUUCAUAUUUUGGGAAUGUGCAGACCUUAUGUUAUCUAUACAUACUGAGCUGAAUCUGAAGCUCCAUCUAUGACCAUACCCUACACAGUCAAUCAAGUUCUUUUGGUAAGGAAAAAUGUGUUGACAUUACAUCAAGUUUAUUUUAAUAAAGAAUUUUCUUAUUAAAAUGAUUUUUUUAAAAGAAUUAUGCUAAAUAUUUCACGCAAGAUUAAAUAAAUUUCACUGCAUUAAUUAGAUGGAAAAAUAGUAUCAUCAAGCUUGAUACAAAACAAAACAGCAAAUUUAUUGUAUGAAAGCCUUCAUAAGUGGCACAUUGUAAACAGUGUAAAGAGCUUCUAUAUGUCAGUUACAGACUGGUGUAAAAUGUCAUUAUAGAUUCAAUUUUAUAAAGAAUACAGAUUUGUACUGAUUUUAAGUUAAAAUUCUGGAAAAAAAAAAAUUUGUUCCCAAUAUUUUACUUAGGAUAAUCGUCAUGCUUAUGUGGAAGUCAAGAAAAGAGGACAACUUCUAUCUACCAUGGUAGAAGCAGCACCUUUGACAAAACAGGUGGAAAGAAAUUUAAAUAAAAAUUAAAGUUUAAAUUUAAAAUAUAAAAUGCAUAUGCCCAUUAAAAGUAUUUUUUAUUCUUGAUUUUCUUUGCGCUUAAAGUUUAAAACUCUUAGUAGUUAAUGUAUUACAUUUCAAAUUUAAUGAAUAUCUUCUCCUUAAAUAGUAAAUCAAAGUUGAAUAAAACAUGGCAUGUGCCCGUUUUUAUUUUUAAAAAUUUUAAAGGAAUUUUCUUUUCUGCUUGCAGCAAUGUCAGUCAAUUGUGAAGAGUUUGUGCAUAGCUCUGCAGGGUUUGCAUCUCUUCAAUUUCGUCCAUGGACAGAUACAGCCUGAGUAUGUAGUAGUUGACGAUGAUGGUACUGCAAGGCUGUUGCCACCUGACUUUUCUAUGACUGAUGUGAGUUACAAUACUAUUCUAGGGUUGGUUAUGUUUACAUAAAUCAACUUUUGUACUGUUUCAUCUAUAAUUUGCUUGAAAGAACUUUCUGUACAUUUCUCAGAAAAACAGUUAUACUUUAUGCAUUAUCUUUAGCAAAUUAGUUUUUAAUAAUCUAUUUAAAAUAUAAACUGCAAAACUGUUGGUUUUUUUUGGACAAAAAUAGAUUCUUGUGAUCACACCAGGGACUAAAAAUAAAUUAGAUGAAAUUAUAACAAAAACUGGGCGCUAUCAUCACAUGCAUUCAGUGCUAUUCAUCUUUUAUGACUGGCAGGCUGACAGGUGUAGAAGCAGAUACACAACAAGUAGUGGGGUUGAGAUAACAGCACCUGAGAUGAAGCAGAACAAGAUGUCAUCUGAACCUUCUCAUUCCCUGGAUGUUUUCUGUCUUGGCCUGCUUGCCUUGUGGGUUAGCAGUUUUACUUUUAGCACUGUUACUGUUUAAUUCUCCAUUAUCAACUAGCUAGACAAUAUUGGUUUUCAAAUAGAAAUGUGUGUUAAGAGGAGUGCAAUAAUAUUUUUUUUAUUAUAUCAAAAACUAAAAUUAGAAUAAUAAAGAUUUAUUUGUUAAUGAAGUAUGUUAACAUACUAUCUUAUAAUGUCAUGUUAGUGACACUGUUAAAGAGAGACAAGGUUAUUUUCUAAUUGCGUAAAAUACUGUAAGAUUAAAUUUUUUGUUUUCGAGUACAUUUCUCAUGUUAUAAAUUUAUUUUUUCAGAUGCACCAUCCAAACAUUUCAUUUUCAGAAACCAGAGAUGGAACAGUGGAUUUUUCAUCUUUGCCACUGGUACAAUAUAAAAAAAAAUGUUCCUAUUAUUUCUUAAGAUUGUUUUGAUUGCAUACUUCAUUGUAUAAUUGAAAUCCAUUUGAAAUGUUUAAAAUGUUUACACUGUAAAAAUACCUGCUUACUUCCAUCCAUUAGGAUCGACAUCUGGGCAUUUUUCUCAUGAAAGUUAUGCACCCUAAUCCUGUUCUAAGACCAACCGCAGAAAAUUGUUUAAGAUCGGAGUAUCUCUGUAUGCCUGUUGCGCCUGAAAGUCAGAGUCAAAAUGUCUCUAUUUAUGGGUAGGUUAAUCACUAAGUUGUGAUAUUAUGUUCUGUAUGGCAUAUAAUGUACAAUUCUGAGAUGUCUUUUACGAUUGUAGGCAAAGACCUAACAGAACUACGAUUUUAAGAGACUGUGUGGAAAAUGUAAACAUUCCUUUAUUUAAAAUUAAAAUUCCAUUUCUGUUAUUAGAUUAUCACUUGCUUUUGCAUUCUACACCCAGUAGAAUGGAUCAAGCAAUAUGAUUGGUUGAGGACCAUCUAUAACUAUAAUACCUUUGUUCUGAGAGGGGAAUGGAGUGGUAUUAAUUUGUGUGCAGUUGGGGGUCUAAAUAUUAAAUUCUAUAAAAUUAACACAACCACAUUUUCUUAAUGAUAGUGGUGAUGGUCAUAUUGGUGCUUUGUGUUUUCAUAAUGAAUUCACUAGACACUGCUAUAGUUAAAUUAGCGUAGUCUCUGUAGUGACAAUAUAGUACAUAGACACUGCGAGGGGAAGAGGUGUGUGUCGAUUUUUGAGAUUUUGCAUUCCCGUGCAUGUGGGGGGGGGGGGGACGACUUGGCAGAAAAUACAUACGUUAUUCAAAUAUUUUACUAUAUUUAUCCUGAAAGUCGAAAAAUAGCAUUUUAUACCUGGAAUGCUGUAAAAAUAUUAUGCAAUGUUUUGUAGGAAUUAUCUUCAUAAUUUCACCAUGUAUUUUCAAAAAUAAAAUUGCUAGACAUGCUCAGAUUGUACUAAGUAGUAUAGGUAUUACAGUAAUACUUAGUCCACUGUAUAUUUUAUUGGGCUAUGCCAGUGGUUCUAAACUUUUCGUUUCACUGUGCUGCCAAAUUCUAACACCUACACUUCUAAAUAGCGAAGACAUAAAUUAUUUUAAAAUAAAGGGUUGAGUAAAAAUAAAUAUAUCACAUGUAAAUCAUUAAACCUCAUAUAGUAGUUGCAAACAGUAGAUACUCUAGAAGCGGACCUGUUUACUCUUACAAAAUUGGCGUACAAUGUACGAUUUUUAGGUGUAUACAUUAUAUAUACUGUUAUGUUUAUUUUUUACUAUUAAGAUAAUGUAUUGAACCAUUUUGUGAUGAUAUUGAAUUAGGAUUUUAGGAGUUAGAGGGUAAACGGGUCUGGUUUCACAUAAACCUCUUCGUCACCCUAAUAACUGUUGCCAGUAUUAAAAGGUAGUUUAUUGUACUAGAUGAAAUUAUACUAGCUGGUGCUACGCAAUAAAAUACGGGAAGAGGUGAAUAAUCUAUAAAAAUGUGGCAUGUCAUUUAGGCACCAAAAGCUCACCAAAAAAAAACACUUUCAUUACCAACUGCGCUGUGCUGACUUGUGAUGGUGGCUCUACCUAAGUAAGAAAAUAUUGUUUUAAAAAAUUGAAGUAUGUCAUUUUUUACUGCAAAAGCUUUAUUUGUUGUGUUCAGCCGUAAAAAAUAUUUUAAAGGGGUUAAACUGUACUCGAGACUUUUCUUUCUUGAGUGGGGCAGACAACAUCCACCUCGGCAAUUAUUAUUAUUAACUACGAACUGUAGCAUGCAUUAUUCUGUGGUGUGGAGCUUUUCAGAGUGUUUUGAGUGCCAUUUGAAAUUGUAUUAAAUGGCAUAGAAAUAUUGAUACAAUACACCAAAUAAAUAUAUAUUUUUAGAAACGGGUAAGUGGAUGGGGAUAAAGUUGGCUGUGUUGCCCACCCCGGUAAAAAAAAUUUUGCUCUGUUUCCUUGACCUAGGAGUUCUCAAAACAAAAUGUCUUGCUUUCUCAGGUGCUCUUAACAUCAUUAAUUUUUAUUGAUACACUUAAAACACAAAUCUAAAUUUUGUAGCCAAUUCAUUUAUCUUUCAGAAAAUGUAUAGUUUGCUAAGGUUUUAAUUGCAAUUAAACAUCUGAAAGCAAUUUUAGUAAUUUUAGGUCAUUUAUAUAAGAAACUGAGGACCACUGCUAAAACCAAGUACAAAAUACAAAAUCUCAGGCAAAAUAGUUAUUAUUGACUAGUAAACAUUUAAGAAGGAACUGUGGAACUGAUUUGGGUUGUUUAACUAUACAAUUUAUUAGUUCUGAACUAUAAUCUGUAGCUUCUGUGACUAAUAUUCAGUCUGUCAUUGCCCAACCUCCGGGCCUGGCUCGAAGUCUAACAAUAGCCUCAGUAGGCCUACUUCAAUAUCACUAAGACUAGUAUAAAAUUCACGAAAAGAAUCUCAACUGAUAUCAUCAUGAGGAAUGUUAAAAUCAAAAUCAGUAUCACUUAAAACCUCUUCUAAAAAGCUUUCAAACAUAUUUCUAUUAGUUCUUGCACUGAAGGCCCAGCCAUGGCUUCAACCAUUUUAGCCUUAAAAAAACAUCGAUAUAAAACUCAAAUUAAAAAGUAUUUAUUUUCACGUUACCUCGAAACAGCUUGAACCGGAAGAUGAUUUAAUUAUUAAUAAAAGGAAAUGGCUAUAAUUCCGGAUAAAUAUUGGAUUGGAAGUUGCUAUCAGACUGUUUUUUAUAUCGGCCGAACGAGAAUGUCGGCCGAUUUUUUCGGCCGACCACAGUUCGUGGGUUAACUGAUGAAAUACCAGAUCGAAAAACAGGCUGUGGCCGAAUUAAAUUUAGGUAGCAUUUUCCCAUUUGUAGGUGUAUGUACAAAUUCAGUUGCAGUUUUCUUAAUUAGAAACAGAUUCUAAUGAGUAAUAUACCAUUUUGUAGAUAAAUGAAUUUGCUAUAUGAUAGAUGUAAAAAAAGUAAAAAAAUUGUCAAUUUAAUUUUUAGCAGGAAAUUAUUAAUUGUUAAAUUAUUAACAACAGUAAAACAAUAAAAUAUAUAAAUGUGCCAACUCACUUGUCACUUUUGAAUUUCCAAAAAAUUUAAAGCCUGUCAUUUGCUGGUUUGAGUGUAGUAAAUCCAAUAAUAACAAAAAUGCAUCAAAGAACAGAGAAAUUUAAUAAUAUUUACACUUCCAAUUACUCAUAUACCUUUUGUAACUCUGUCUCUUGUUGUCAUGGUAAACAGUUUUGUAAUUAGGCUCCUUUUUUUAAACCUUCUGCUGAUAGCAUGUGGUUCGAAAAUAAACAUCCUGUCGGUGAAUUAAAAUCUCAAACCAAAACGGGAACAGAGUACUAUAAAUAUUUUACUAGCUUUACUACGACUCAAACAUUGUCCGUGCUAGCAGCUUGUGACCAUAACUAAAGAAGCGCUUUUGGGCUCCCAGUGGCUUGUUUUAGUUAACCAGUUAAAGAGUACACAAAACUAGAUUAAUUAAGAAAAAUUUUAGAAAAAUAAAUUUAAACAAUACCAUUAAAAAAAAAUUAAUAAAAUAUUUCCAUCUUGCUUCUUCAUUGAUAAAACACUUGUAACAACUGGUUGGCUAAACUCAACAAGAAAAUUUAUUCAGUCUCAGGAGCAGACUGCUUAUAUGGAAAGUGCAUUAUGAUACGCUGAUUUUUCAAAAUGAUUAACCACAUAUUAGAUUAGUUAAAUGUCUAACUAAAUAAUUUUUGCUGUUGAUAAUAAACAUCUUAAUCAUGAACUUCAAUCCACCAGAGACGGCAAGUUGGGUCAGGAACCAUCUUAUGGGCGUAACUCUGCAAGUCCUGCUUCUGUUCUAUCUCAAAACAGUAAUGAUGGCCUUGUCUUUGCAGAAAGUGGUGCAGGUAUACAGGUAAAUAUGACCUACCUUUUCUUGUCUAAUGACACAUUCCAUGGUUAAAAGGAAUAUAUAUUAAUAAAUAGAGGGUCAUCUUUAUUACUUGUGCAAAAUUAAACAUUGAACAUGAUUGUUUUCUAACUAAUUGAACAAUGAAAUGAUAAACAUAAAUUGCAACAAAUUUUUUUGCAUCUUUACAAUGACAGAGUUAGUUAUUUGGCCAAAAAAGAUCAUUCCAACACUCAGAAAAAAAUUGAGUUGUUUCAAGUUAAAGAAAGCUUAUUUACAGCAAUAGUGACUAUAGCAAAAAUGUGACACCAAUAUUUAACCAAAAAAUGUCAAGGUGAUAUUUGCUAUGAAUAUACUUAAAAGAUACAGCUUAAGAGGGAAAUAUUUAUUAAAUUAACUAACUCCUUCCCACCCAAUUUCUCACUGCCUUUUGCUGAUUUUUUAAAAUUCAUUUAGGGCAGCUAGCAACCUAAUCAUCUUACACAAGACAAACUAAUAUUCUUGUGGGAAUCUUUAUGAAGAUAUCCUUGUGUUUUUUUUUUCUUCAUUUCCUAGUUGCAAAGGGUUGGUCUAACUAAAGAUUUUAGCUAAAGAAUUAACAUAUACGACAGUAUCUGUUUUUAAAGAAUGUUAAAAAAAGUUGUUUUUUAAACGUCUAUUGUCAGAUGAUUGCUAACACUCGUGUUCCACCACCACCUAUUGCAAUGGAUAACUCAUCACCUGCUGCCAACACAGUUAAUUCUUCACUCCCUCCAAGUCUCCAGCAUCCAGGACCUUCUGUUCCAGUAGCUCAGCAGCAACAAAUGCUUCAAAUGCAGCAACAACAGCUUCAACAGCAGUUGCAACAGCAACAACUACAACAGCAGCAGCAAUAUCAGCUUCAACAGCUACAACAACAAUAUGUACAGCAGCAACAUCAGGCGGAUCAGCAACAAAAUCCUUCCAUUAAUUCAUAUGAGCCAAAUGUAAGCCAGAACCAGGCUGAUGAUAAUGGAGCUUUUGAAAUAGGAACUUUUGAUCCCAAUGCUUAUGAGGUAUGCUCACAGUGAUUGUGUGAUAGAUCAUAGAGCUACUUUAGGGACAUUCAUAGAAUCUGUAUGCAAUUGAGACAAAAAUAAAAAAGUAAAGCACCUCUAAAAAUAUCUGAUGCCCAUUUAUUCUUCAUAUUAUGCAAAUUAUAAAAAUUACUGACAGGAAUUUUGAUAGCAUUUAAAAUUAAACUCCAUUAUACCCGAUUUCAACUUUCAUUCCUGUUCAAUCUCAAUUGUAUACAUGCUGUUGGAAAUCCCAAUCUUGCCUCCCCUUCCCUUUGAUUUCAUUGCACUGUUUUGCAUAUGUUCAAUAUGCUUAUCAUGUAUGGUCAUUGAUGCAAUGUGUUUAAUUCCUAGAGCUUAUGUUAUGGCUUAUUUCAUCAUUCUGUUCAUUUGCUGUUAGUUCUGCUUAUGGUCAACUGUUCAUAAUUUUUUUUUAAAUUUAGUGGCUGUAUCAAUAAAUUGCAUUUUGAUAUGAUUAACACAAUUAUAUCCUUGAUUAUAAAACUUCUUUUCUUGUUGAUCCCCUUGUUUUAACUCAUGUGUUUGUCUGGUUUACUAAAAAAGGAUAUUGCUAAUGGUAUUCUAACAGACAAUGUGUUUUUAUUUUGUAGACUGCUUCUAAAACCAAAUUAUCUAAUGCAAGUGGAAGGGGCUCAGUGCAGUAUAAUAAAAUUAUCUUGUGAGGAAUUCAUUGUGCACAUGUAUGCAUUAUGGUGGGUCAGCUUAAGUUUCAUAUCUGCAUGAUCAAAUAAUUUCAGUGCUACAUUUACUAAUUUAUAUUACUGGUAACUAGUUGUGUGUAAGUAUUUAAACAAAAAAAAAUGAAUGCAAAUAUUUGCAUUUAUCUUUCUCCUAAACAUUUUGCAGAAUCACAAUUUCUAGAUGUUUUUAAAUACAUUUUUUUUUAUUAAUAUAAAACAAUGAUCUAAUGCAAAACUUAAUUUCCUUAACAUUGUGGAUUACAUAUUUGGUGUGAGCAAUAAAAUCAAGAUCUUCUAAGCUUUCAUUAGCAAAUUAUCGUUUGUGUAGUAAUGUAAGAAAAUUUUUUUAAAAUAGUAAUUAUCAUUAAGCCUUUAAAAUUUCAGUUGACCUUUUAUACAAAGUGACUAACUGCUGUUGGGUAGUGUUAAUCAGAUACUUACAGAAAUUAAAACUUUUAGAAAAUUGUCAUCUAGUCCCUAGUUGGAUCUAAUCUCUCGGUUAUGAUAUAAUAUUUAUUAAGCAUUGCAUGUUUUAAAUGAUUUCGCUAUAAGUAAAUUAUUCUCUUUUAUGUUGCUUUUUUUUAAAGCUCUGUUCUACUGCUUGUAAGAAUGAGGUAGUUAUUUUCAGGUUAUUCUAAGCAUCUCAGGUUAAAAUUUUAGAACUUAUUAAAAAAUCUGAACUCAUUCCAUUUUAUAUGAGCACAAUCUUUGUUUAUAAAUAUUUUUUAAACUGAUCUCCAUAUGAAAAUAUUUGGUUAUAAUAUAUUCACUUAAACCAAGUGCACUUAAACUUAGUAUCACAAAACGUGCUAACUUAAUUAAAUUUACAAUAUUUUGGAAAUUCUUAGUAAACUGCUGAAAUAUUACUGUUCCAAUAACCCAAAAUAUUCUUUUUCCUGGAAGCAUUCCAAAGUAUUUCAUACAAUCGUGACAGAAAUUUUUUUUGUUGAUACCAACUGCUGAUUCAAAGAAUUUUACGAUCACAAUUGAAUUUUAGAGAGAAAAAUGACUGAAUUUCGUCUGGUCACGUUUGAGUUGCACACCAUUUUGUUACUUAAUUUAUUAUUCACUAUUGCUGUAUUUAAAACAGUUAAUGUGUUGAGUCAUCAUGAAUUUUAGGGUUCUAUUAGCUGAUCGCUUUGCUAAUAUUCAUUAUAUAUAAUAAAUCAGGGUAAAUCUAUGAAAUUGUGGUGGUUUUUUUUUUAACUUCUUGUCAAAAGUGUUCAAUAGUUCUCUAUAUGAGGUAAUGUUUUAUUUUGCUUACAAAAGAUCUGAUACAUUGACACAUUUUUUUUAUUAAUAUAGCAGCUGAGUUAGAUGUAAAAAAUGUACAGAACUAAAGAUAUUUUCAACAUAUGGCAAACUUUAAAUUUAAAACAAAUCUUGUUGUAAGUAUUAUUUUGAGGAAUGCAGUUUUUAAUAAUAAAUAUGUCACCAUGUAGGGUAUUUGCAGAAAUUUAACAUUGAUGUAAAUUCAUUUUCCAAGCAUCCAACUGUAUUUUCAAUUAUCACUAACCACCAAGUAAUUUGCAUAUGAUAUUAACAUAAUAACAAAAUAUUUGUAAUAUUUUGCAGCUAAAUUUACAAAAUAGUGAAUAGGCAUAAUUUUACUUGAAUCAUAAUUUCAGCAGAUAUUAAUAUAAUAACAAAAUAUUUCUAAUAUUUUGCAUCUCAAUUUACAAAAUGGUGAAGAGGCAUAAUUUUACUUAAAUCAUAAUUUCAGCAGCAUUAUUUUUUUUUGCAUUUUUAAACACAAUUCUGGUUUCUCCAUUUUACAAGGUGUUAUUUAGCAAUACAUGUACAAAUACAAGAAGAAAGGUUACUUAUUUAUUUAUUUGUUUAAAUAUGUGUUACUUUGUAAUAUUUGGUGCUCUGAAAAGAAACAAAUUCAAAAUACUUUUUUUUAAUGUCCUUUCCCACACUGAAUUAAAGUGAAUUUUUGUGGCCAAUUAACACUGCAAAAUACAAAUAAUUUUAUUCUGCUUCAUAUAUUCACAUUAGAUUUAUUAGUGUCAUUGUUUGUAGCUGUGCACUUAAAUAGUUAGCAAAUAUAACCAAACACCAAGCAUGUGUUCAAAAGUCUGUGUAAAAUGUAAGAGCUCAUAUUGCUUAAUUAAUUGUUUUUAUUUUAAACUGGUCUACUUUCCCUUUGACAUUUUCUUGUUUGUGCCUUAGUAAUGAUUAAGGUCUUUACAGGUUGUGACAAGUCCCCAGCCACUAAGUGCCAUGAGAACAGAAGAUGAGGUGUUAGAAGAAAAUGGGGGUUGUCCUGACAAAACACAAACUCUGGGUGCAGAUUCAGAACCUGGUUCUGGGGAGACCAAUGAAAACAAAGAAGAGAAAACUGAGGAUGAGUUAAGAGAUACAGAGGAUGAUGAUGAAUGGGUUGAAGAAGAUAACUAAAAAUUGUAAUUUUACUGGUUGUGUUUAACACACAAGUAUAUCCAUCUAUGGUUGUCAACUACUAUUACUAUUACACACUCAGUGUAUGUAAUUUAACUUAGUAACUUUUGCCUUAAUGCUCUUGUAACCAAAUGGUGUUCCAUUCAUUAGUUAAUUUGAAGUUUAGUUCAUAUGUUACUUUUAAUACCUCUCUGAUAGAAAGUGUAUCAUAUAUUAUCUUUUACCUACAUUGUGACAAUUUUGUGAAUUACUUGUACAUUUUAUUUGUUUUGCUUGUUUUAUUUGCAAAUUUUUUAGGCCUUUUAAAUUAACAAGAAAGCUGUCUAAAAAUUCAUCCCCAUUCUCUAUAGUAAAGUAAUUACCGUAUAUAUAUUUAAAGAAUCACUAUUUGAAAGCCUUUGUACAAGUUCCUAGUCAGAUUGCUGAGCAUGCUAGUUGUAGCUUUGAGUAAAAAGUUUCUGGUAUGAUCGUAAUCAAAUUUAAAAAAAAAUCUAGCUCAACAAAAUUUUAGACUAAUUAAUCACCUAUGCAUUUAGAAUAAUAUUGGAUUUUUCUAUCCUUUUAAUUGAUUUUCAUUUUUUAAACUAAAUAUUACAAGCUUGCCAUUGAAGCCUAUCCGUGUUUAAGUGUACAUGUACGGUAAUAUUAAUAUUACAUUAUUUGUAAACGUCUGCUUUAAAAAUUAGAUUGUCUUUCUUAUUGUAUAUAGUUAAAUUUAAAUUAAUAUUCUUGUUGGCAGUUAAAUUUUGUUAAGAGGUGGAUUCUGAUUUUUAAGUUUGAAUAUCUCCAACAUGUAUUUGAUAAUAUGAAGGAAAAAAGGCUAGGGUUAAAAAUAAUUCUUUAAAUUAAUUUAAAAGUUUCCAAAUCCUGAAAUGAUAGAAAUGUAUUUAAUUUCAUUAUUUAUUAUAUCUUAUUAUUUCUUUUUAAUGCUUAGUCCAUUUGAUUAAAAAAAAUAUUUUUGAAAAAGAAACCUGCUGUCAUAAAAAUCAAUAAAUUAUGUUCUUUUA